AUGAGCCGAACCGAGGGGAGCCAGCACCGAGAAGAGGCCAUGAGCGCCGCCCAAUACUACCGGGGACUGAACAUACCGGAGAGGGUGGAGGAGGCCCUGAACAUAGGGUACCGGCUUAAUCCGCCCGACCUGCCCGGGUACCUGUCUAACUACUUUGCCGAGCUGUCGAAACCUCCGGUGAUCAGCCAUGUCCGUGGAAGGAAAAUUCUGGGUGGAGCAGGAAAUGCGGCCCUAGAGGUUGAAGUGUUCUGCACAGUGAGGAACAAUGACAAGAAAAUUUGCUCAGCAGUGAUCUCCGCAGACGCGGCGCCGCUGACCUGCGACACAACUGAAGUCGAAGGGAAGGAAAGGAAGAUGUCGGUGGAAACAGCCGUUGAAUGGAUUCGGGAGUCUAUAGGACCCAUGCUAGGGGGGAUACAGCCAAAUGAGCAGAGUAACGUUGACCAGUUAUUGAGUGACUUUUUCCAGCCAAAGAUGGAGGAAGAGAGACGGCAGAGGGAGAGUGAGCUCGAUGGGGCAACCUCCUCCACAAGAUCUGUCCCAACCCCCCCGGCCUCACCUGCAGCAAGCAAGAAGAAGGGCAGUGGGAAAGGUAAAAAGGUGGCUGCAGCAGAGAAGCCCAUUCCUCCUGCUGACCCUCCUGAGCCGAUCGUCAGGGGCAGCCUGGCAGUCAGCGCUGUGUCUUUGGCGGUGGCAACAUGCAGUGCGAUCCUCAGGGAAGUCCCGCUCUACACCUAUAUAUCUAUAUUAAAACAUGAAAAGCCGCCCAGCAAGAUGGCGAUACCAACCCCUCUGAUUACAUUGCUGAGCUACGGCAAGUGUUCUCCAGGAAAGCUGAACCUUAUGAAGGAAAUCAUGAUGGUCCCUCGACCGGGCCUAACUGCUCAGCAGGCCGUGGACUUGGCCUUGUCCCUUCAGGCACAGAUAAUAAAGCAGACGGACGCUAUAUAAGUAAGAAUGUGCAGUCGGGUAUUAAGAGCGUGUCUGCACUGGGCUGUCUGGUAUUAGCAGGUGACCGCAUAGAUCAACCUCUGGAUUUAAUGCAGGAAGCCUGUGAACAGCUUGGCCUAGAACUGGGAACAGACGUCUACUUAGCCAUAAAUUGCGCAGCCCACGAACUAAUGGACUACAACAAAGGCAAAUAUGAAAUCAUAAGUGGCGCAUGGAAGAGUCCCGAGGAGAUGGUGGAUGUAUACGUGGAUAUCAUUAGCCGGCAUCCCGCUGUCAUAGCGUUAGUGGACCCUCUGAGGAAGGAGGAUAUUGCACAGUGGGAGACUCUGGGGAAAACUGUGGGCUCCAGAUGUUAUCUAAUCGCAGAUGUUGCAGCAAGAACCAAGUCCAGCCUGCCAUGUGGUGACCCUAUCCAAUGUUCUGGAGCCAUCCUCAAAUACACCAACCAGACAACAAUUACUGACCUGCUGACAGGGAUCCAGCUAAUGGAAGGAGAGAAACGAGUGACUGUUCUAGGAUGUCCACAUGAAGAGUGUUCAGGGAGCAGCGUGGUGGAUCUGGCCGUGGCGAUCGGUGCACAGUUCAUCAAGUUGGGAGGUCUGCUCCGAGGAGAGAGGACAGCCAAGUAUAACCGUCUACUGGCCAUAGAGGAGGAGCUGGCGCAGAGCGGGAUGCUGGAAUCAUGCUCUGCAUUUGACUUCCCCAUCAUCUGGAGUGAAUCUCAGACCUCAGAGGAUUCCAGGCCAUCAACAUGA